GAUGUGUGUACUUGCCUAAAAAUAUCACAUUAUAUCAAAGCCUAAAUUGUACUGGAAGUUCAUUUCCUUUCAAGGUGUAGCCAUGGCUAAUACUAAUACCCUACCAGCAUCUAUCCCAUCCAACUACGGGAAACCAUACCAUGCCGAAGCUCCUAUAGCAAGGAAACUGGGAAAGCACCGACACAAAGUGGUCAAACCUUCCAGUAAUCCACCAUUGUUGGCCCCCGAAACCGGAGCUAUUCUGCAGUCUGUGGAAGAAAGCAGCGGUACUAGUGCAGAUCCCACGUCUUCUGUUGACGGAAGUGGGAAAGGACAGGAGGUCCAUUUGGAAAUGCAUCAUAGUUCUGUGGACAAGUCCAUUGCUGGUGGUGGUGUGAUCCUUGGGUGCCUAGUUACGGUUUUCCUGGUUGCAGUUUUUCGUUACAUUAGAGCUACUGGGAGACACAAAUUAGAGGCUAAGAGUUCUAGUUCUGGAAUUUCUAGUUGAGCUGUGUGUUUAGGUAUGGAUGGGAUUGAAACUACAUUUUCAUUUGUGGAUACUGUGAAGAUAAUAGAAAUGGAAAAUGAAUUGCCAAAUUCGAU